GCGGCACAGUCGCGAGGAGCGCGCGCACCGCACCACGCGACAACGAACACGAACGACCCGCGAUACAUAACAUAACACGGCAAUUGUUUGACUAAUUAUGUGAUUUUAUUUAAGACUAUUUAAAAAUAUUUAAUCGUAAUCUAAGGAUCUCGUUUACAGUUUUACUAUAAGUUAUUAAUCGUUUAUUUAUUGAAAGUGGGGCCAAAAUGACGAUAAAAAAUAAAAAGACUAAAUCGAAGACCGAGGCGUCGACCAGUGCGAGUAGUGUGCAGAAGUCCAGCUCCAGCACGUCCACGACCGUGCAGCACAGCAGCAACGCUCUGCAGAAGGUAUCGUCCGGCAAGAAAGUGCGCUACAUCCAGGUGAAGGUGGAAGAAGAAGAUCCACUCAUGAUCACGGACAUCUCGGACAACAUGUCGCACAGCGGCUCCACCGUGUCCGAAGCUUACAACAGCCAUCCUCACUACAUAAUCGCCGAAGCACCUUCCAUUACUGAUUUAUCCCAGCUGCCUCAAUCCCGCCAAGAUCACCAUGUCAGCGACAUGGUACAGUCGACCACCGGCGAGUUUGUAUCGAGCUCCUCGACUUCGCAUCAGCAGAGCUCGACCAAUGAAACAUUCCAAUCGUCCUCCACAUCUGUGCAGCGUUCAGGAUCUAUUCACAGCCGCAGUCAACUUGAAAGCAGUAUCAACGCUACUGGCAGUCAGACUCUUAAUACCGGGUUUAUUGAUAACUCGGUUCGUGACAAUUCUGGCGUGAACAUGAAAUUUUUGACAACAUCUCAAGGCGCUAAUUCUACUAAUUCGUUCCUCGAGAUGGAACGUCAAGAACUUACGUCGCAGUCUUCGAACGCGCACACUAGUGCUACUACUGAAGCCACGACGACUAGUUCAACUCAUCAAUCACCGCAACAGCAUCAACGAUCAGACCAACAUCACCAUCAUCACAAAAAUAUAACUGGCGAUAAGAUAACUGGUCAGAACUUCUCUCCUAAAGGUAAAAACAUGCAAACUAUACGAUCGGAUUCCUCUAAUUUCUAUGGAGGCGAAGGUACUCUCGACAAGAACGUCAAUUCAAAACAGUACAGCAGCACGUCGCAUACCAGUGAGGCGAAAAGUAGCAAUGUGACUAAAUCAUCUUCAUCGUCUCAUGUCGUGGAAAUUGUUGACGGUAAAGAACGCAUUAUCGACAGUUCGAGCAGGGAAUGGGGAGAUGCCCAAGAGAAAGCCACCAGUGAAGCCUACGCUAGUGUAAGUGGCACCGGCAUUAAGCCUCAAUCCGUGCAUAGCGUGCAAAAUUACGACAUGAAGUCUAAAUAUGAUACUGGGAAACCUGGCCAGAAACCUUCCAGUCAAAUGACCAUUAAAGAAGAUUCAAAGCUUGUUAAAGACGGAAACCAGAUUACCACCCAUUCAAGUGAGAUUUCCGAAAAAGAUAAUGUUAAACAGCGACAAAUUAGUUCUACACAAGAGCAGUUGCUAUCCUCUGAUAAACAAUAUAAUGCGUCAACUUCAGACACUUCAAAACAUAUCAUAGAUCAACAGAGCAAAACGACCACAUCUGACACUUCAAAGCAUGUCCUUGACCAACAGAAGCAUACAACUGUAUCAGACACAACUAGCCACAAAGUAAGUGAACAGAGUAGCACGUCCACUUCUGAUACUACCAACAUUCAGAGGAGCAGCAAUGUUGUUGAGAACAUCAACAAAAGUAAUGAAACUGCUAAUGACAGGAGAAAGAACUUAAAUCAAACCGACUCGUCCAACUUUUAUGGCUACGAUUCAACUAUUCAAAAUGAAUUGCAAAAAGUUGGCGAUAUCCUAAAUGUAGGACAUGUCGACAAUCUUAACUUUUCAACUAAAAUUAUGAAGAGUAACACAAGCAGUGCACAAGAAGCGUCUACAUCUUCAUACAAAAUUGAAAUAGUCGAUGGAAAGGAAACAGUUGUCGACAGCUCUCACCGAGAAUGGGGCGACAGCAAGGAUCAUUCCACGUAUGAAAAGAGUCACAAUAUUAGUGGCACCGGAAUUAAACCAGAACAAGAGUACCGUCGUCAUGUGCUCGAUAAAGAAUCUCAUUAUGAUACAGGGAAAAAAGGAGUCCCCACUAGUUCUACUCAAAUUACAGAAGAAUCGCUUUUGGUCAAGGAUGGCCAGGAAAUUGCCUCAACAAGCAAUACUUAUAUAGGUGAUUUCACUAAGAAAAGAGCAUUAACGGAGCACACUGAAGAUAUUCUGAAUAAGCGAAUCCAAGAUACUACCGAUAGGUCUAAUAUUACCGAUUCCACUACCCAUCGAUCGACAACAACCGAUACCCAGUCUUCAAAUGUAAACAUUAAAGAUACAACUGAUUUUGUAAACACUGAAAAGCAAAAUUUGACUAAGGAAACUAGCUCAACGUCCCAAACUAAGGAUACUUUGACCACUUAUGAGCAAAGUACUGGGACUUGGAAUGGUAAGUUUGUCUACGAAACCGACGACGACAGGCCAAAAAGACCAAAAGAAAUGUCACCUUUUGGUAGACCAGAACCCAGGCACCACCUAAAGCGUCAGGAUACUGAAGAAAAUAUAAUUUUAUCUUCAAGGGACAUCAAGGAUUUUACUUCCAUAACUGACUUAAGAAAGAUCAUUGAAUCUACACAUUCUAAAAAAGAUGUAACAGUCAGUGAUAAGAGCAUUGUUAUCAAACGAAACAUAGAUGACAGAGUUUUGAAGGAUAUUCUUGAAACAGUCAAGAAAUAUCCAUUCAAAAGAAUCGAGAAAGUGACAUUUGGAACAAAAAUUAAUGAAGACGUUAAGGAUCUUUAUGAAGGAAUAGACACCGAGCAGCAAACAACAGUCAUUAACAACAGCAGUACUGAUGUGAUUAAGAAAUCAUUCCAAGUGGAGAAGAAUAGAAGUCAGGUCGAGGUUAUCAGAUACGUUAAUGAAAACGGUAUCAAAACAAGGAUAGUCACUUACGAGGAUGCGAAAGAAGACGAUAAAGUGAAAACAAACGUAUACGUGGACAAUACUUCGUCGUUAGACGUCAAAAACUUGAGCGACGUUCGUACGACGAAAGACGUAUUGCGCGAACACGACGUGGUAGAUCAUGCCAUCACCGAAGAUGUGACCACCGUCCGCUCUGUUUACGACGAGAAGAUCAACAAGAAAACAGUGCGAGACGACAGGACCACCGUCGACGAGAAGGUCACCAUCGAGGAGACCAGGACUCGCGGACCCAAGAAACCCGAGAAACCCGUCGUUAAGGAGCAGUGCAUUUGCGAAAUCUGCACUUGUGGGCGUCACCGCUGCCCACACAACGAUGUCCCGGAGCCAUUGUUCGAUGUGGCGCACACGACGAGCGUGGUCUCCGCGUACAAGCAAGACUACGACGAGAAGCAUGUCAGCCGCACUACGGCCGUCCACCACGAGGACCAUCUUCGCCUCGAGGGCGAUUUCCAGAAGCCCGAGCGCCCGGAAUGGCAUCCCGCCGAACGGCCCAAAGCCACCAAACCAGAGGAUAAUCUUAAACCCGAGGGCGAUUUUGAGAAGAGGCGUCCUGAAGAAUGGCGCCCCGGCGACAGAGCUCCCGUGAAACGGCCAGAAGAUAACCUCAAACCAGAGGGUGAUUUCGAAAGGAGGCGCCCCGAAGAGUGGCGUCCAGGUGACAGAGCACCUAUUCGACGUCCCGAGGACAACCUCAAGCCCGAAGGAGACUUUGAAAAACGCCGCCCAGAUGAAUGGCAACCCGGAGACCGUGCCCCCGUCCGCAAGCCUCAGGACAACCUUCGCCCAGAAGGUGACUUUGAGAAACGCCGCCCAGAUGAAUGGCAACCGGGCGACCGAGCCCCUGUUCGCCGUCCAAAUGACAACUUGAGACCCGAAGGCGACUUUACCACUCCUGAAAAAGAACAAUGGCGUCCAGCGGAAAGGCAGACACCGAAAAAACCAGAAGACAAUUUGCGCCCUGAGGGCGAGUUUACCUCCCCCGAGAAACAGCCCUGGCAGCCUGCCGACAGGCAGAAACCCAAAAAGCCAGAGGACAACCUUAGACCAGAGGGUGACUUUGAAAAGCGCAAACCCGAAGAAUGGCAGCCGGGUGACAGAGCUCCGGUGCGAAAACCGAAGGAUAAUCUCAGGCCUGAAGGAGAUUUCGAAAAACGCCGACCGGAAGACUGGCAGCCAGCGGAUCGCCAAAAACCCAAGAAACCCCAAGACAACCUGAGACCCGAAGGUGAUUUUGAAACACAGAAGCCUGACGAAUGGCGCCCCGCUGAACGUCGUGAACCAACUAAGCCGAAAGAUAAUCUCAAACCUGAAGGUGAUUUCGAAAAACCGAAACAUGAUGAGUGGCGGCCGGCCGAAAGGCAGACUCCUAAGAAACCGCAAGACAAUCUCAGACCUGAAGGUGAUUUCGAAAAGCGAAGACCUGAAGAAUGGCAACCGGGUGAUAGAGCCCCUGUGCGAAAGCCAGAGGAUAAUUUGAGGCCUGAGGGAGAUUUCGAAAAACGCCAACCAGAAGAUUGGCAGCCUGCUGAUAGACAGAAACCUAAAAAACCUCAGGAUAACCUGAGACCCGAAGGCGAUUUUGAAACUCAAAAGCCCGACGAAUGGCGCCCCGCUGAACGACGUGAGCCAACUAAACCGAAAGAUAAUCUUAAGACAGAGGGUGAUUUUGAAAAACCUAAACAUGAGGAGUGGCGUCCGGCUGAAAGGCAGACUCCUAAGAAACCCCAAGACAAUCUUAGACCAGAAGGCGAUUUUGAAACCCAUAAACCAGAUCAAUGGCGUCCAGCGGAACGCAGAGAGCCUACAAAACCCAAGGACAACCUCAAACCAGAAGGAGAGUUCGAGCAGCCGAAACAUGAUGAGUGGCGCCCAGCAGAGAGGCAGACUCCUAAAAAACCUCAAGAUAAUCUGAAGCCAGAAGGAGAAUUCACUUCUCCUGAAAAACAGCCUUGGAGACCGGCAGAAUUACAGAAGCCCAAGAAACCGGAAGAUAAUCUGAAACCUGAAGGAGAAUUCACAUCACCCAAAAAAGAUGAAUGGAGACCGGCAGAGAAAGCUGUAGUAAAGAAGCCAGAAGAUAACUUACGGCCAGAAGGAGACUUUACCAAAAGAACAACAGACUACACGGUUGUCACUGGCGAGAGGGCUGAAAUAAUUCGCCGAACCGAUAACAUCAUAACGGAAGGAGAGUUCACAGAUACUACUACGUCUCGCACCGAAUACACAAUAAAACCAGUAGAAAGACCAACACCUGUGCGACGAAAUACUUGGACAAAGAUCGAAGGAGAAAUGACCACAGAUACAACUUCAAAAUCAGAAUACAUCGACUAUACCGACAUCGUUGAAAGAACUGUUAUAGCUACGAAGAAAACCGACAAUUUAAUUCAAAAAGGUGAAAUUGAAUUCGUGACUUCUAACCAGGAGGAUUAUACGCAAAAAAUGACACCGGUUGAACGUCCCCAAAGACGUCGCACAUGGACUAAAGAAGAUUUUGAAAAGUUCUAUUCUACAGAUGAAUUGCAAAAAGUUACAACCACACAAGAAGAAUAUAGGACGUACGAAGAAACUGACAUCAGACAGCAACAGAUUAUUAGGAAAGAUAACCUUCACAUGGAAGGAACGUUCGAAACGCACACUGUGUCUCACGAUGCUUAUCAAGGCUCUGAAUUGACAGAAAGGCCAAAACAAAAGAAGCCAAUAGAUAAUCUUCGACCUGAAGGUGAAUUUGAAACUCCUAAGCAAGACAAGUGGCGUCCCGCCGAACGACGAGAAAUUACUAAGCCAAAAGAUAACCUUAAACCAGAAGGGGAAUUUGAAUCACCCAAACACGAGGAGUGGCGUCCUGCUGAAAGGCCAGAGGUAAAGAAACCGAAGGACAAUCUAAGACCGGAAGGCGAUUUCGAAAAACCUAAACAUGAAGAAUGGCGCCCUGCCGAACGCCAAACGCCUAAAAAGCCACAAGACAACCUGCGACCCGAAGGUGAUUUUGAAUCCCCGAAGCCCGAUAAAUGGCGCCCUGCUGAACGUCGUGAGCCGACUAAGCCUAAGGACAAUCUGAAGUCAGAGGGUGAAUUUGAAAAACCGAAGCACGAAGAAUGGCGCCCGGCAGAGCGACAAACUCCUAAGAAGCCUCAAGAUAAUUUAAGACCUGAAGGAGACUUCGAAACUCAAAAACCAGAUCAAUGGCGUCCAGCGGAACGCAGGGAGCCUACCAAACCUAAGGACAACCUCAAACCAGAAGGAGAGUUCGAGCAACCGAAGCACGAGGAGUGGCGUCCAGCCGAACGUCAAACACAGAGAAAGCCUCAAGACAAUCUGCGUCCUGAAGGUGAUUUUGAGACUCAGAAACCCGAUGAAUGGCGCCCCGCCGAACGUCGUGAGCCGACUAGGCCCAAAGACAACUUAAAACCAGAGGGUGAAUUUGAGAAGCCAAAACAUGACGAGUGGCGGCCAGCCGAGAGACAAACUCCUAAAAAGCCUCAAGAUAAUUUAAAGCCUGAAGGUGAAUUUGAGUCACCCAAGCCUGAGGAAUGGCGCCCUGCGGAAAGGCCUGAAGUCAGGAAGCCGAAAGACAAUCUUAAACCUGAAGGCGACUUCGAGACGCAGAAGCCUGACCAAUGGCGUCCUGCGGAACGUCGUGAACCAACAAAGCCCAAGGAUAAUCUAAAACCCGAAGGAGACUUUGAGACUCAGAAGCCUGACCAAUGGCGUCCUGCUGAACGUCGUGAACCAACAAAGCCCAAAGAUAAUCUAAAACCCGAAGGAGACUUUGAGACUCAGAAGCCUGAUCAAUGGCGUCCUGCUGAACGUCGUGAACCAACAAAGCCCAAAGAUAAUCUAAAACCCGAAGGAGACUUUGAGACCCAGAAGCCUGAUCAAUGGCGUCCUGCUGAACGUCGCGAGCCGACUAAGCCCAAGGACAACUUAAAACCAGAGGGUGAAUUUGAGAAGCCAAAACAUGACGAGUGGCGGCCGGCCGAGAGACAAACUCCUAAAAAGCCUCAAGAUAAUCUAAAGCCUGAAGGUGAAUUUGAGUCACCAAAGCCUGAGGAAUGGCGCCCUGCGGAAAGGCCUGAAGUCAGGAAGCCGAAAGACAAUCUUAAACCUGAAGGCGACUUCGAGACGCAGAAGCCUGACCAAUGGCGUCCUGCGGAACGUCGUGAACCAACAAAACCAAAGGAUAAUCUAAAACCCGAAGGAGACUUUGAGACUCAGAAGCCUGAUCAAUGGCGUCCUGCUGAACGUCGUGAACCAACCAAGCCCAAAGAUAAUCUAAAACCCGAAGGAGACUUUGAGACUCAGAAGCCUGAUCAAUGGCGUCCUGCUGAACGUCGCGAGCCGACUAAGCCCAAGGACAACUUAAAACCAGAGGGUGAAUUUGAGAAGCCAAAACAUGACGAGUGGCGGCCGGCCGAGAGACAAACUCCUAAAAAGCCCCAAGAUAAUCUAAAGCCUGAAGGUGAAUUUGAGUCACCAAAGCCUGAGGAAUGGCGCCCUGCGGAAAGGCCUGAAGUCAGGAAGCCGAAAGACAAUCUUAAACCUGAAGGCGACUUCGAGACACAGAAGCCUGACCAAUGGCGUCCUGCUGAACGUCGUGAACCAACAAAGCCCAAGGAUAAUCUAAAACCCGAAGGAGACUUUGAGACUCAGAAGCCCGACAAAUGGCGCCCCGCCGAACGUCGCGAGCCGACUAAGCCUAAAGACAACUUAAAACCAGAAGGUGAAUUUGAGAAACCCAAGCAUGACGAAUGGCGUCCGGCUGAGAGACAGACUCCCAAGAAACCUCAAGACAACUUGAAGCCGGAAGGAGAUUUCGAACAACCGACACAUGAGGAAUGGCGACCAGCAGAAAGGCAAACUCCUAAAAAGCCACAAGAUAAUCUGCGACCUGAAGGCGACUUUGAAACUCAGAAACCUGACCAAUGGCGUCCCGCUGAACGUCGUGAACCUACUAAACCUAAGGAUAACCUGAAGCCUGAGGGUGAUUUUGAGACCCAGAAGCCAGAUGAGUGGCGCCCUGCCGAACGCCGAGAACCUACCAAGCCCAAAGACAACCUGAAACCAGAGGGUGAAUUUGAACAGCCAAAACACGACAAAUGGCAGCCUGCAGAACGGCCGGAGGUGAAGAAACCGAAAGACAACCUUAAGCCCGAGGGAGAUUUCGAAACUCAGAAGCCAGAGCAAUGGCGUCCUGCUGAACGCCGUGAGCCGACGAAGCCAAAAGAUAAUCUGAAACCUGAAGGUGAAUUUGAGAUACCUAAACAUGACGAAUGGCGCCCAGCGGAGCGUCAAACUCCUAAGAAACCGCAAGAUAAUUUAAGACCAGAGGGUGAAUUUGAAUCUCCAAGGCAUGAAGAAUGGCGCCCUGCGGAGAGGCCUGAAGUGAGGAAGCCAAAAGAUAACCUCAAACCCGAAGGUGACUUUGAGACACAAAAACCUGAUCAAUGGCGUCCCGCUGAACGUCGUGAGCAGACUAAACCCAAGGAUAAUCUGAAACCGGAGGGUGAGUUUGAAAAGCCCAAGCAUGACGAAUGGCGCCCUGCUGAGAGGCAAACGCCUAAAAAGCCUCAAGACAAUUUGAGACCUGAAGGAGAAUUCGAGAAACCAAAACAUGACGAAUGGCGACCAGCAGAGAGGCAAACCCCUAAAAAGCCUCAAGAUAAUCUCAAGCCUGAAGGUGAUUUUGAGUCACCCAAACCUGAGCAGUGGCGCCCCGCGGAAAGGCCUGAAGUCAGGAAGCCGAAAGAUAACCUCAAACCCGAAGGUGACUUUGAAACACAAAAGCCUGAUCAAUGGCGCCCUGCUGAACGUCGUGAACCGACUAAACCUAAGGAUAAUCUGAAACCAGAGGGUGAAUUCGAAAAACCGAAGCAAGAUAAGUGGCGUCCAGCUGAGAGACAAACUCCUAAGAAACCUCAAGACAAUCUUAAGCCAGAGGGUGAAUUUGAGCAGCCAAAACACGACAAAUGGCAGCCAGCAGAACGCCCGGAGGUUAAAAAACCGAAAGACAACCUGAAGCCUGAAGGAGACUUUGAGACCCAGAAGCCAGAUCAGUGGCGACCUGCAGAACGCCGGCAACCAACCAAGCCCAAAGAUAACCUGAAACCAGAGGGUGAAUUCGAGAAACCUAAACACGAUGAAUGGCGUCCAGCUGAUCGUCAAACACCUAAGAAACCACAGGAUAAUCUCCGACCGGAAGGCGAUUUCGAAAAGCCAAAACACGACGAAUGGCGUCCAGCUGAACGGCAAACGCCUAAGAAGCCACAGGACAAUCUCCGUCCAGAGGGCGAAUUUGAGACUCCCAAACAGGAUAAGUGGCGCCCAGCAGAAAGACCAGAAGUCAAGAAGCCGAAAGAUAACUUGAAACCUGAAGGUGAGUUUGAAAAACCAAAACACGAUGACUGGAAGCCUGCAGAACGACAAAUUCCUAAAAAGCCUAAAGAUAAUCUUAAGCCUGAAGGUAAAUUUGACAGACCCGAGAAACCAAAACCAUUGCCUGCAAGCGAAAGGCCAGUUCAAAAGAAACCUGAAGAUAACUUAAAGCCCGAAGGCGAUAUGGAAGUUGUGCGUCGAACUGAUUACACAGCAACUCGAGGAGACCGCGUGGACGUAGUCAAGCACGAAGACCACCUUAAAAUGGAAGGAAAGAUUGAUAUGCAUCGUUCUCGGGAUGACUAUAAGCGAAUUGAAAAAACGGAAAAAGUGGUGAUCACAAAACAUGAAGACAAUCUGAGAACUGAAGGAGAGUUUAUUGACCUGCUAGUCCGAAAUGAUUACUCUGCAACCAAAGGGGAAAGGGCUACCGUGGUCAAACCUCAAGACAAUUUGAAACCUGAUGGUAAAUUUUACAGACCUGAAGCUGUUCCUUCUCAACCUGCUGAGAAGCGUAAACCUUUUAAAUACGUCGACAAUAUUACUAUUGAGAAAGACACUGAUAUAAGACGAAAUCAACACCUAGAGCGAGUCGAUAUAAUUAGGCGCGAGGACAACUUAAAAAUAGAAGGUGAAUUCGUUGACCUGAAACAGAAAAAUGACUACACAGUCGUAACGGGUGAACGUGCUGCCAUUGUAAAACAUGAGGAUAACUUGAAGAUGGAGGGAAAAAUGGAAAAUAUCCGAUCUUCAGAUACUUAUCGUGUGGUUAAAGGACAAAGAGUGAAGUUGACUCGCAGAGAAGAUAACCUUAAAAUCGAAGGAGUAUUUGAAGAUCACGUUCGUAGAAAUGAUUACAGUGUAACAAAAGGGGAAAGAUCAGCUAUUAUUUAUCACCCGGAUAACUUGAAACCUGAAGGUCAAUUCGAAAAGAGACCUGUAGAAGAACCAGUUACUGGAGAAAAAAGAACACCGAUAAAGGCCACAGAUAAUUUGAAACCAGAGGGUGAUUUUGACAGACCUACAAAACCAAAAUGGGAAUCUGCAGAACGACCGGAUGCAGUCAAACCGCGUGACAAUUUGCAUCCUGAUGGCGAAUUUGAUAGACCGGCGAAGACGAAAUGGGUUCCCGGCGAAAGACCAGACCAAGUUAGACCAGUGGAUAAUUUGCACCCUGACGGAGAAUUCCAUGAUAGGCCCAAGGAGUGCUGGCAACCUGGAGAAACUCCUUCACAGGUACGUCCAAAAGAUAACUUGAAGCCAGAAGGUGACUUCGAUCGUCCUGAGCGACCAAAAUGGCAAAAGGGUGAUAGGCCUGAACAAGUAAGACCGGCCGAUAACCUGCAUCCUGAAGGAAAGUUCGAGGACAAGCCUAAAGAACGUUGGCAACCCGGGGAAACUCCGUCUCAGGUCCGUCCAAAGGACAAUUUGAAACCGGAAGGAGAUUUUGACCGUCCCGAUCGCCCAAAAUGGCAAAAAGGUGAGAGACCGGACCAGGUUAGGCCAACAGACAAUCUGCAUCCGGAAGGCAAGUUCCAAGAUAGACCCAAGGAAACCUGGCAACGCGGAGAAACUCCAUCACAAGUUCGCCCAAAGGACAACUUAAGACCUGAGGGUGACUUUGAUCGCCCAGAACGGUCUAAAUGGCAAACUGGAGAUCGGCCUAGUGCUGUUAAGCCAAAAGACAACUUGUACCCAGAAGGUCCCCAUGCACCAACAACCGUCGAUAGAACCAGCUCUAAACAUACAAACGAGUUCGCAAGAAAAACAACAGAGUCAGAGACCAUUACUGGCCAAGAUAUUAGAAACAUUGAUUCCAAACGUACGAAUAUUGUUAAACAUGACACCGGAACAAGCCGGGACGAUACAAUGCAUGCUACUCAUUCAGAAUCACAUCUGCAAAAAUCAAGCUCCCAUAGUGAACACUCAACCGUUAGAAAUAUUCAAUCUGGAACUCACGUGACGCAUUCGACAGUUACUUCACAAAAUGUAAUUGACCGCACUGAUUCACAAAAUAAUGUUGAUAAAACUACAUUAAUACGCAAACACGACGGAACUGAGAAAGACACAGAUCGUUCUGUUAUUAAACACGUUGACAAAAACACGGUCAAUAAGCAUGAUUCUAAGAAUAUUAAAAACGUCCAAUCUUCGACCUCGUCAACUACAAAGACAAUGAAGCAAGUUACAGAAAAGAAGCUUGUGGGCGGAAAAUGGGUUACCGUAACGAGAAAUGUGGAGACGAAUAUUUCAACUAGUGGAGCUGGUGACCGACCCUCUGGCAAGAAGCCAAAAGAUAAUUUGCAUUUAGAUGGUGAUUUUGAAGGACGUCCUAAGACUAAGUGGCAACCAGGAGAGACUCCAGCCCAAGUUCGUCCAAAAGACAAUUUAAAACCUGAGGGUGAAUUCGACAGACCGUCGAAGUCAGAAUGGCAAGCGAGCGAAAGACCGAGUCCAAUUAGACCGAAAAAUAAUUUACACCCCGAAGGUGAAAAGUACACAAACGGUCAUAUUGUACACGAAGACACUAUGAAAAUACAAUCACAAGAUAUAUCUAAGAAAACAACCGACAGUAGGUCCCAGGUGGGACGCGACGAUUCUAACAUUCAUUCAAACGAUUCACGGGUACAAACUACGACUAGCUCAUCAGAUCACCAUGAUGGAAGGACAAAAACUAUGCACACUGAAUCUCAUACUACCAUUCAUAGUGGUGUCCAAAGUUCUACAGCUAAACAUUCAACAUCUGGUUUCCAAAAAACACACGCUACAAUUACUUCUGAGGGUACUGAUCGUACUGGAUCGCAGCGCAAUAUCAGUAAAACUUCACAAGAUGUCACUGACAGAUCUUCAUCUCGAACUGUUACUGAUAAAAGUAAAGUAGCACAAGACUCACGAAACAUCAAAAAUGUAUCUUCUUCAAUAAAUAAGACCACGAAGCAAGUAUCUGAGAAGAAACUGGUAGCAGGAAAAUGGGUCACCGUUACUCGCAAUGUAGAAGUCAAUACAACCACACAUGGAGGUGAUACAAACAAUCUUAAAUCUGUUCAGGAUAAAGGGAGUAUUGAUAAUAGACAGACUCGAGGGGAUUCUAGUCAAAGAAUUGUGUCAUCGGAUGAAUCGGCCAUAUCUUCGUCUUCACAACAGCGCACAUCAGUGAAUAGUCACACCCAACGCAACUCUUCCAACAUCAUACAUAGUGGAAGUCACUUAGAGGAGCAUAGCUCUAGAUCAACUCAACAAACGCACGGCGCGGGCAGGAAUCAACUGAGCGACAGCGUAGCCAGAACCAGUAUUGAGUUUCAAAAAGCCAUGCAAGGGGGUGAUUCUUCAACUACCGUAAUUGACAAUUCCAGUCGUUCUGGGCAUCACAAGAGGACAUCUGAUUUAGUUACCGACGCAUCCAACACCGUUCUUCAUCGCAAGGGAAUCUCCUCGGCUACUGAAGCCCAACAUUCUAUAAGUUUAACAGCAUCAGCGCAGCGUAAGAGCAUCGGAAAUCUAAACGAUCGAGGAGAGUACAUCAGUAACUCAUCCCACAGCACUGAUAGAAAAAGCAUCAGUUCCAUGCACCGUUCAGCUCGCGAUAACAUGGGUGUAAUUUCGCAGCACUCAGAUAGGCAGCAAAUCAAACGUGAUGGCCAGUCGACGCUGGUUGUCGAGCGGCAGCCAAAAGUAGUUGUACGAGAUAACAUACAAGUCGGCGGGGAAUUCUACGGGCGUUCCGAAGCCAAUUCCUACGGCAGUUUUUCACGUUUGGAGAACUCGCAGAAGGUUCAACGCAACGAGCGCACGGAGCGUACUGAACGGGCGGUGCGGCACGGGCACACGUCGCACUUCGUGCUGGGCGGAGACAGCACCAGCUACAAGCAGGAGUUCACGUCGCACGUGCACGGCCCGUGCCCCGCAACGCUCAUCGAAGCCCCGCGCACUCCAUUUAAACACACUCGCGAUUCUCGGGAACACAAAUUCUAUGCCUCAAAAGCAACGCGAUAAAUACUAUAAAUCUAUGACGUAAUUGAUGUAUACUGUGUUUUGAGCCUUCGUUCAUUCCUUUUGAAUGUGCCUUACUAGAGCUUGUUUAUUUUAAAUGUUAAAUUAAAGCAUAAUAUAUAAAUAAUUACUAUAUAAAACGCAAUCUAACAUUGCUAGUCUUAUACAAUUAACAUGCCCAUUUUUUAAGCAUUAUAAUGUAACCAUUAACAUGUUGAAGUAUAUACCUAUACAAAGCAAAUCAUUUAUUGUUAUUUUACUAUUAUAACGUCAAACAUUGCCAUGUAAUAAAUUUUAUAUUAAAAA